GGAAAAAUGGUAAAACUACGAUCGGGAACAAAAACCAAAGAAGGUGGUCAGUUAUCCGAAGAUAUCAGUGACACAGAGAUACUCAAUGAAGAGGAAAGUAAUGGCAGUUCUACACAUAUCAAGGAUGAUGCAAAGCGUAAGGACUCAUCCAGGGUACAGACUGUUAUGUUCAUUAGUCUGCUUCUAGAUCUUUUAGGAUUCACUGUCAUUCUUCCACUUUUCCCUGCCCUGCUAGAUUUCUACUCCAAGAAUGACUCAAGUGGAUUAUAUGGAAAGUUAGUUUCCUGGGUAUCUGCUUUCCAGAAUGUGAUUGGAGUUCCAACAAAAUUUCAUUCAGUUUUGUUUGGUGGUCUUUUGGGGUCAUUAUUUUCAUUGCUUCAGUUCCUGUCAUCACCCAUAACUGGGGCUCUAUCUGAUGUGUAUGGACGAAAUAAGCCCAUAUUUUUUCUUUUGCAGGUGGGAAUAGCAUUAUCUUAUGCUAUGUGGGCCAUGGCUUCCAGUUUCCCACUAUUUAUUAUGGCAAGAAUCAUAGGAGGUACAACAAAAGGGAAUGUAUCUCUUGCAUAUUCCAUCAUGACUGACAUACUGGAUGAAAAAACACGAUCUCGAGGAAUGGCACUCAUAGGUGUAGCAUUUAGCAUUGGAUUUACAAUUGGUCCAGCCAUAGGAGCAGCAUUUUCUCGUUGGGGAAGCAGUGGCUGGUUUAUGAUAUCAGCAAUAUAUGCACUUGUGCUGGCUAUCUUGAACAUAUUUUAUUUUGCAAUCUUUUUUGAGGAGAGUUUGCCAGAGUCGAAGAGAAGAAAAUCCAUUGGAACUGGAUUGUCAGAGUCACUGGAUUUGAUCAACCCUAGUUCCUUGUUUUCAUUUAAAGCUGUCAAGGGACUGGAAAAGAAAGAUCGAGAAAGGCUAACUCAACUUGGAUGGGUGUACUUCCUUUACCUCUUUUUGUACUCUGGUUUAGAGUUUACUAUGACUUUUGUGACACACCACAAGCACAAUUAUACUUCAAUGGACCAAGGCCGAAUGUUUUCAUACUUGGGCGUAGUUAUGGCCUUGAUGCAAGGCGGAUAUGUUCGACGGGUCAAGGAUGGGAACGAGAAGAGUAUGAGCAUAAAGGGCCUUAUGAUGAUGGUUCCUGCAUUUAUUUUGGUUGGGGCAAGUGAGACGAAUAUAGGCCUUUAUACAGGCUUGACAUUAUAUGCUCUAGGUUCAUCCAUGAUGGUACCUUGCCUUACUGCAUUAGCUUCAUGCCAUGGCUCAGAAUCACAGAAAGGUACCUUACUGGGAAUCUGGAGGUCUUUGGGUGCUCUUGCCAGAGUUAUUGGACCAGUUGUUACAUCCGUUGGGUUUUGGUGUUUGGGUGCAGAGAUGUGCUAUAUUUUUGGCGGAAUACUUAUGAUUGCACCACUGGUGGUGUUACACUCUUACUAAGCUUCCAUAUUGCAUGUGUCCAGUAUGGUAGUAAAUUUUGUCUUUCAGUGGACAAUACAGACCAAUCUGAAGCACAGUUACUUAACCUAAUCACUCUGUGACUAUUUGUGAUACUUUUUAAAUUAUGAAAGUUGUAGAUUUAUAAUAAUAAACAUCAUUUAUAUUUA